AUGUCGUUCUCUUCGCUCGUCUCAGACAUCGCCUACCGCAGCUCGGAGCGUCCAGAACGACCAGACUAUCGCACGCAGGUCUCGGAAGCGCGCUCGACGCGAUCAUACGCCAGCACUGCUGCGACUAGCGUGAGCAUUGCAGGCGACAUCAAAAGUCAAUUGCAUGGAGGCUACAGCCACCCGCUCUCGCGAGCAUGGCAGGCAGAGAAGCAGCUCACAAAGUCCAUGCUCAUAUACCCUCUCUUCAUCUCCGACCAGCCAGACGAGGAGACGCUCAUUCCUUCCCUUCCGAACCAACACCGCCGUGGCCUGAACAAGAUCGUCCCGUACCUUACCCCACUCGUUGCCAAAGGACUAAAGUCUGUCAUACUGUUUGGUGUACCAAUUGCGCCAGGUGCAAAAGAUGCGCUGGGCACAAAUGCAGAUGACCCGAAGGGCCCUGUGAUCAGGGCGAUCCGCCUGCUCCGAAGGUCGUUCCCCGAUCUCUUCAUUGUAGCCGAUGUCUGCCUUUGCGAAUACACCUCACACGGCCAUUGUGGUAUCCUACGGGAUGACGGCAGCUUGAACAAUGCUCUUUCCGUAGAGCGUGUCAGCGAUGUAGCCAUGUCGUAUGCCAUGGCAGGAGCUCACUGCGUCGCGCCCUCAGACAUGAACGACGGCCGCAUUCGCGCCAUCAAGCUCAAGCUUAUCGAAGCCGGUAUCGCACACCAAAUUCUCCUCAUGUCAUACUCCGCCAAGUUCUCUGGUUGUCUAUAUGGGCCAUUCCGCGACGCCGCUGGCUCGGUCCCAUCUUUCGGCGACCGGAGAUGCUACCAACUUCCUCCAGGAGGUCGCGGUCUUGCGCGUCGAGCUAUUGUACGAGACAUCAACGAAGGCGCGGACAUCAUCAUGGUAAAGCCCGCAAGUCAGUACUUGGACAUUAUCAGCGACGCGAAAGAGCUCGGAAAGGACAUGCCAGUGGCCGCAUACCAGGUGUCUGGAGAGUACGCCAUGAUCCACGCAGCCGCAGCCGCAGGCGUCUUCGACUUGAGGCAGAUGGCUGAGGAGGCUACGCAAGGCAUACUGCGCGCCGGUGCUUCGAUAGUAGUCAGCUACUUCACUCCCGAGUUCCUGGACUGGUUGGGCAACUAA